CAUCACCAUCAUCUAUCCAGAGAAGAUCAGCUGUCAUUCUGUCACUCCCUUUUUCUCCUCCCCCCCUCUCUCUCUUUCUCUCUUUCUGCCCGAUCCUCCCAUUAAGCCCAGCAUCUCUCUAUUGACCUGUCACAAAAAAAACCCAUCAUGUCCUCGAACGGUGCGGACGGGGACCUGCUGCAGAUCCCUCUGGGGCUCAUCAACAGCGCGGGGAAGUAUCUGACGGCGGAGGCGUUCGGCUUCAAGAUCAACGCCUCGGCGGGCAGCCUGAAGAAGAAGCAGACGUGGACCCUGGAGCAGACCGGGGAGGACGGCAGCGCCGUCUUCCUCCGCUCCCACCUGGGCCGCUACCUCGCCGCGGACAAAGACGGCAAGGUGACGGCGGACAGCGAGGCGCGCGGCCGCGAGUGCCGCUUCGCCCUGACGGUGCACGAGGACGGCCGGUGGUCCCUGCAGUCCGAGGCCCACGGCCGCUUCCUGGGCGGGAGCGAGGACCGGAUCAGCUGCUUCGCGCAGAGCGCCUCGCCCGCCGAGAGAUGGAGCGUCCACCUGGCCGUGCACCCGCAGGUCAGCCUGUACAGCCUGGCGCGCAAGCGCUUCGCGCACCUGAGCGCGCACGAGGUGUCCAUAGACCGGGACGUGCCGUGGGGGGUGGACUCCCUGGUGACCCUGGUCUACCGGGACCGGCGCUACCACCUGGAGACGCGCGAUAACCGCUUCGUGCGCAACGACGGCACCCUGGCCACCGAGACGGACGCGGACACGGGCUACGUGCUGGAGUUCCGCUCCGGGAAGGUGGCCUUCCGCGACUGCAACGGCCGCUACCUGGCCCCCGCGGGGCCCACCGGCACCAUGAAGUCCGGCAGGAGCGGCCGGGUGGGGAAGGACGAGCUGUUCGGCCUGGAGCGCAGCCACGCGCAGGUCGUGCUGACCGCGGGCAACGAGAGGAACGUCUCCACGAGGCAAGGAAUCGAUUUGUCAGCUAACCAGGAUGAAGAAGGAGACCAAGAAGUCUUUCAGCUGGAGAUGAGUCGUGAGGACAGGAAGUGCGCUUUCAGAACUGCUGCCGGAAAGUACUGGACCCUGACGGCGGCCGGAGGACUGCAGUGCACCGCCUCCACCAAGUCCGAUAACAGUUACUUUGAUCUGGAGUGGCGUGAUGGUCGCGUGUGUCUGCGCGCAGCCAACAGCAAGUAUGUGACCGCCAAGAAGAACGGGCAGCUGGCGGCCACUCUGGACAACGCAGGGGAGGCCGAGCAGUUCCUGAUGAAGCUCAUUAACCGUCCAAUCAUCGUCCUCCGUGGGGAGCAUGGUUUCAUUGGGGCUCGGAAAUCUGGACAACCAACUCUUGAUUCCAAUAGAGCAUCCUACGAUGUUUUCCAGUUGGAGUUCCAUAAUGGUGCUUAUUCCAUCAAAGACUCCCAGGGGAAGUACUGGUGUGUUGGCGACGACACUGCGAUCGUGUGCAGCAGCUCCACUCCUGUCCAGUUCCAGCUGGAGUUCUGCGACCGCAACAAAAUGGCCAUGCGUGCCGUCGGGGGCAAGUAUCUGAAGGGGGACCACGCAGGGGGGCUGAAGGCCAGCGCGGACUCUCUGGACACUGCCACCCUCUGGGAAUACUGAGGAAAGGACCCGUCUUCAAUCUGACGCAACCAUUCAAACUAACGGUGGAAGCCGAAGUUAGCUCUUUUUUCUUUCUGUCUUUAAAUGUGCGUGUGCCUGUGUUUGCUUGUGGAAUUGUUUGGAUGGCUGUGUGAUCGACAUUGGAGCUGAUAAACUGGAUGUCUUGGCACCAAAGUAAUGCGGCUAUGAUCUUUUCUUUUUUUUCUCCAUUUUUAAGAAUCAUAAACGAAUCGCUCUUGCUGGGCUUUACAGUGACUUGCUUUUACUGAUUGUGUGGUUCAUUACUUGUUUCACUUCCAGUCAAACCUACGCAAGCUGUUCCUAUUCGUCGUGCCUAUCUGUGAUAAGUGCUGGUGUAGCAGACAUUUGGGAUGCUAUGACUCAUAACUUACAAUAUCUAACUUCCUACUGUUGAAAGUCCUGAUGUACUAAGGCUACAUGUGCUGCUUUCUGCUGCUCUCUUGUUCUCCUUCAAACCACAAAAUGUAACACACACACAGGAUGAAUGGAUGUUGCUGAUUUACAUUAUUCCGCUGUAAAUAACGCUUUCUUUGUCGCCGGAGGAUUCAAAACACAGUAACCAUGGAAACAGAGAAAAGGGGAUAUAGCCGGCAGAUUCAACAUGUUUUCCCCACUCGGAUGCCAGAGAAGGUCUAAGAUUGUCCUUCAGAGUUUGAUCUGCAGACUUCUUUCUGCACCCUUGGAUAAAUGUAAGAUUUUUCAAUAAUGUUUAAAGAUAAAACAAAUGGAAGAGGUGGGGAAGGCUGCUUUUAGCACACGCCGCAUACUUGAAUGCACAUUAAAAAUAACAAAAAUGCAGUCCUAACUAUGUUUAACUCCAACUGUGAAAAAAUUGCGCCUCAUGAUAAGUGCAAUAACAUGGUGCCCAUUUCAACAAAGUUAAAAGCACACGUUUGAUAUGAAUUGUCUGACUUAGAUUGGAUGAUGCUGCUGGUGUUUAACAGAAUUAUCCCUCUGUUUGUCUUUGCAUUUUGUGCCUUCCAUAGACCAUUAACUCCUUACUCUUUCACGUUCUUACAGUUGAUAUUAAUUGAAUAAAAGCUUAAAUAAAGUUCUCUCAUCCUC